CAGAGAAGAGUCUCUCCAGAUCAGAACACCAGAUGGACAACGCUAGCCCUUCCGCCCUCCCAGAGUCCCCGUGUCGUACCUCUCCCAGUAGCACCUUACUGCUGGGUCUGAAGAGGUUGUCUGUGCGGCUGGUGGACUGCAGGAAAACAACGGGGCUGAGUGGAACUGUGAGAGGAGGAGAAGAGAAGAAAGGAGCAGAUCUGACUCAUAAAAGAGAAAGACCAAACUCGGAGGAACCAGAGAUGUCCAAACCAGCAAGACGACACCUCUGCUCCCAGUUUGGAAACCGUUUUACCUGCUUAUCUAACCUGAAAAGACAUGAGAGGACACACACAGGAGAUAAGCCAUACCAUUGCGCCCAGUGUGGACAGAGUUUUAACCAGUUAGGAAACCUGAAAUCUCAUGAGCGAAUACACACAGGGGAGAAGCCUUACCACUGCUUCCAGUGUGGAAAAAGUUUUGCCUGGUUAGGGAACUUGAAAAUGCAUGAGAGAAUACACACAGGAGAGAAGCCUUUCCACUGCUCCCUGUGUGGAAAGUGUUUUACCUAUUUAGGGACACUGAAAAAGCAUGAGCGAACACAUACAGGUGAGAAGCCUUUCAAAUGCUCCCAAUGUGGAAAGAGUUUUACCCAGUUAGAGAACCUGAAAAGGCAUAGCAACACCCACCCGUAGUCUGC